GAAACCACCCAGAAUGGCAGCUUUCAUGAUGAUGGCAUUCUAACUGUUCUGGACUUGGACAUAAAGUGUUGUGGACUGUUCCAGAUGGAUUGCUUACCGCGAUGUGAUAUUCCUCUACCUGAGAUCGGAGCCGCUAGAGUUUCCACAACGUUCAAUGCUUGUGCCCAACCGGCUGAACUGUCGAUACGAGUGAUUCACGAAGUCCGAUCAGUAUCAACAUUCCUUGCUGGCGAUCAAAGCGUUGAUUCGCGAAAAAUUGGCACGGAACAUUGGCCAUUGAAGUUGAAUGUACAAUUUUACGAGCAUUCACCUGAUGAAUAUUAUGCUAAGGCGUGCAUUUUAACUGAAAGGACUGGUCAAAUUACAUGCUUUAUGAAUUCUACAUACAGUAAGGAAGCUCUUCUUGAUGAAUGUGAUUCGACAAGGCUAGGAAUGACAUCAUCUUUCCCGAUGCUCCUCCUCAGCGGCUUGUUGAUAGUCCUUUUUCUUGCCAUUGGCGUUGGAAUCGUUUUUCUGGUCCACCACGUGUUCGCCCAUGUCUUCCGGGCUGUCAGAUCGAAUCGGAAGUUCCACAAAAAGUCACAAUGCGCUGCUCUGCUGCCAGCUAUCCAAACGCAGAAAUUUGGCAUUGAAGAAGAUCGCUUGACAGUUAUUGAGGAGGAAAGGGAAGAAUCAUCGCGAAUAAGUCCAUCUCCUUCAAGCACGGAAACAAGCGAUGGAAGAGCUUUCUCAUUUAUUUCGAACGAAACAACUCGCACAUCACCACCGCAGAUGGUUCAAACAAUGGCUACGGCUAACUUCUCCACAAUGCGAACGUUUCAACCAGCUCCACAGGCUGUUUAGAAAUUUGCGUAACCCUUAGGAACGAGCAGAACUUCCCCAGUAUCUUCGCAGAAGUUGUAUUUUUGCAACGAAGUGUA